AUGGCGCCCAGGACAAAAUUAUCGGAGAGCUUGCCACCUUUACUUUUCGGCACCGCUACCUUCACGUAUCAAUUCAAUGUCGAUCCAUACGCUUUAGGACCAGUGCCUCUGGUUCAAAAGGCGCUGCAGCAUGGCGUUCGUGGCUUCGAUACUUCACCAUACUAUGGGCCAGCUGAAAGCAUCCUCGGCGAUGCACUCGACACAUCUUUCGUCCGACAGCACUUUCCGCGCGACCAGUAUCACAUCCUGACCAAGGUCGGAAGGAUAGGUGGUGAUGUCUUUGACUAUUCGCCAGAGUGGAUCAGGCACAGCGUUGCGCGCAGUUGCACAAGGCUGCAUACCGACUACCUGGACGUGGUUUAUUGCCACGAUGUCGAAUUCGUUUCGCCAGCCGAGGUUCUUGGCGCUAUCCAAGAGUUGAGGCGAAUUAGAGACGAAGAAGGCUCGUUACGCUAUGUUGGCAUUUGCGGCUAUCCUGUUGAUGUGCUCUGCGACUUGGCCGAAAUGAUACUGCGCGAGACCGGCGAGCCACUCGAUAUCGUCCAAUCCUACGCCAACUUCACAAUCCAGAAUACCCGACUGCUGUCGCAUGGACUUCAAAGGCUCGUCAACGCCGGUGCAUGGGGCACUACGCGUCAAGGGCCUCCGAUUGGGGCUAUGGGCAAUUGGCAUCCAGCUCCAGACGAUCUACGCAAAGCAUGUGCCAACGCCGCUAAGUGGACCGAGGCCCAGGGCGAGAAGCUCGAAGUCGUGGCAGUCCGCUUUGCGCUGGAGAACUGGCUGCGAGAAGGUGCAAAAGCUGGCAGCUAUGCCAACCCACGCGGCAACGGUGAUGGAGGCUUUGACAGUAGUCCUGACCGUCCUACAAAAGUUGGGGUCAAUGUCAUGGGCGUCAGCAAGAUUGAAGAGCUGGACGAGACGAUGCGUGUCUGGCAUAGCGUUCUUGAUGGCCUCGCAGAUGGCAAUGAUCUUGAUGCAGGCAGCAUGACACCAUCAGACGCCCUGACGGACCACGAAUGGAGUCUGAAGCGACGACAGCAGAUCCGAGUCCUUGCGAAGAGCAUUCAUUUCGCGUGGGCAUCCCCUGAGCCUGGCUUCAUCAACAAGGGCAACCCGGCCCCACUCAACUUCAGAAGCAAACCUGAGGCUACCGGCAUUUUGACUCCCCCGCCUUCAGGUGAUGAUCUGCUGUAG